AUGAUCAGCGACCUCUCAGCCGCAGUCAUGGAGAAGUACUCCCAGUUCCGAGAUCGAGCUUCGGGAAUCGCUCCAUUCCUGCCUGUCGUGGGCCAUUCGCCUACGAUAUCACUUCUGUUCCACACUUUUCUCUUUGUCGUGCGCUUCCCCCUCUUGAUAUCAGCCUGUAUCUUCUACUUCUGCGUAUUGCAGUGGCUUCCGAUCGGGAGCCUGGGGAAUAAAGUAUCCCUGUGGACAAUACUGGGUAUCCCAGGAAUAUGGUGGGUGGACCUCCAGAUUGAAGGAGUGAAGAGAGGAUCACUGGCCAAGCAUCAGCACACUCGUCUCCCCGGGCCUGGAACGGUAAUUGCUUCAUCAUUCACCAGUCCAGUUGAUGUUCUCUAUCUGGCUGCUAUCUUCAACCCAAUAUUUACCGCCUCAUACCCCUCCACGCAGAAGGUGAAGCAAAUCUCCCUCCUGCAGGCAAUCGCCCGGGCUUUUGCCCCGCCAGAACCAACGCCACCUCAUGCCUCCAAAGCAGAUCUAACUGAUAUAUCAACUCUGAUCAAACGAUACCCAAACAGCUGUGUCGUCGUUUUCCCUGAAUGCACCACCACCAACGGCAAGGGGAUACUCGAACUCAGCCCUUCCCUCUGCUCGGUAUCAUCCUCUACAAGGAUCUUCCCGGUUAAUCUCCGCUACGAGCCGGCUGACAUUACAACGCCGAUUCCAGGGUCAUAUGUAAGGUUUAUUUGGAAUCUGCUAAGCAAGCCAACACACUUUAUCCGGGUAAGGAUUGCGGAGAGUGUCCAACGGGGAAGCGCUGUGGAUGUGCCGUUACAGAGCUUGAGGGGUGAUUCUGAUGUAACCUUAGACCUUGACCAGCAGAAGUUACUGUUCCUGGUUGGAGACUCGCUUGCUAGAUUAGGUCGGGUGAAGAGGGUUGGCCUGGGAGUUAGACAGAAACAGGAGUUUGUUAGAAUGUGGGAUAAAACUAGAAAGUGA